AUGGACGACCUCAUCGCAACGCUCAACGGCGGGAUGCACGUCUCGCAGGAGAGCUCCGAGCUCGAGAUGUUCAAGGCUACGCUCGCUCGGGCUCUCCCCGCCGCACCUAAGGCCCACCGCGGCUCCAUCUCCCUCCACGCCCCCUCCUUCGCCACCUCGUUCCAGGAGCAGCCGCUCUACUACAUCCGCGAGGACUCGCCGGCACCGCCGUACGAGGCCCACACCCAGCACGUGCCCUUUGAUGAGGAUAUGGACCUCGAGGCCGCCUUCGCCGGCGAUGCCUUUGCACCCCUCCACCAGACCAAGCAGGAGGAUGUGUGGGCCGCCUUCCGCCCCGACGCGAGGCCUGCAUUCUCGUUUUUUGGUGGCGAGAAGCAGCAGCCUGCAGUUGCGACUUUCCAGUUUCAGAUCCAGCAGCAGAAGCAGCAGCAGAAGCACCAGCAGCCUCAGCCCCCAGCGCCACAGUACCAAACGGACGAGGAUGCCGCCGAGGCCAUGAUCACCGACGAGUAA